UGAAUUGUCAACGUAACAUUUUUGAAUAAACGUCAGUUUUUUUAUAAAAUGUUUGUCUAAAUUCCCGUCCCAAUGUACAUAUGGCGAAACCACCGGAACAUACUGCUUCCGAAGAACUCACUCUUUCAUCCCGAGGCUACCGACUGUUUAAAGUCCUAGGUGAAGGCUCAUAUGCUAAGGUGUAUCUAGCAGAGUACAAGGGCACCUCUGGUGACGAGAAAAACAAGCCCAGGCAGUUGGCAUGUAAAAUAGUCGAUACGACGAAAGCUCCCCGAGACUUUGUCAAGAAGUUCCUACCCCGCGAGUUGGAUAUUUUGGUUAAAAUUAAUCAUCCGCAUUUGAUACACGUCCAUAGCAUUUUUCAGAGGAAGUCGAAAUAUUUCAUCUUUAUGAGGUAUGCCGAAAAUGGAGAUUUGCUUGAGUUUAUUUUGAAAAAAGGCUCGAUUUCGGAAGCACAAUCUCGAGUUUGGUUGAGACAGCUAGCCCUAGCUGUGCAAUACUUGCACGAUAUGGAGAUAGCACACAGGGAUUUAAAAUGCGAAAAUGCCUUAAUUACCAGUAAUUACAAUCUAAAAGUGUCUGAUUUUGGGUUCGCGAGAUACGUCACCGAUGCCUAUGGCAAAAAACUGACCAGCGACACUUAUUGCGGGUCUUUGAGUUACGCAGCCCCCGAAAUCCUGAAAGGCUCACCAUAUCACCCCAAAAUCGCCGACAUUUGGUCCCUGGGCGUCGUUCUAUACAUCAUGUUAAACAAAGCUAUGCCUUUCGACGACACUAAUAUUAAAAGACUCCAUGAACAACAAAUGAACAGACAAUGGAAAUUCCGGUCAAAAGUCGUCGAUGUUAUUAGUUCGGAAGUAAAGCGUCUUAUGAGUCACCUCCUAGAACCCGACACGUCCAAGCGAUGGAAAAUCGAGCAAAUUUUGGCCUCGGAUUGGUUCGCUAUGGACCCGCGAUUGGCCCAAUUGAACCCAGCUGAACAAGCCGCGAUGGUACAUGCCCAAGAAGAGCGCAAAAAAUACAUGGACAAUCUGAGAAAAAAAUCUGGACCGAAAACAGUUAAAGGCGACGGUUCCAAGGAAGUUUCAGUCUUGAAGAAGGAAGUCGAGACGCAAGAAACGAACAAGUUAGCCAGCAUGAGUCUCCCUAGCAUGAUCGCUGACGAUUGAAAAAAUAAAUAGUUCGAGAUAUUUGCAAGUUUUUAUGUGAUAAUAAAUAUUGAAAUUGAGUUUUGUGCAUUCGAAAACCAAAAGUUGAAGAUUUACAACUUUUUCCUAGAAACAAAAUGUUUGAUAUAAAAGAGGAGUUAGUAGAUGAC